AGCCAGAAUAAUAUUUUUUGAAGAACAGUGUAAAAGAAACAAAAAUGGCAGUAACAGGCGCCACUUCUCUGCAACAAAGACUAUUAUUAUCUUCAUUUCUAGGAGAUUGUUUUAUUCAAUCCAAACAGCUUCCUCUCAGUAACAUCUUCCACUACAAGCCAGGAAGAAAACAUGUGUCAAUGCAAUUAUCCAGAGCCAGAGGAUUCUCUGGCUUAACUGAUCUUCUUUUUAAUAGAAGAAAUGAAGAGGAAGUGUCGAAUAAUAAGCGUAAACGUCUACAGCCUGGAAAAUUAUCUCCUCGUAGACCGGUCCCUGGUCAUAUAGCCAGGCCUCCCUAUGUUAAUUCGCGGCAGGCGCCGGGAAUUGCGAGUGGACCUGAAGUGCAUGAUGAGAAGGGGAUAGAAUGUAUGAGGGCUUCUGGAAGACUGGCGGCGCAGGUUCUUCAGUAUGCCGGGACUCUAGUCAAGCCAGGCGUGAAAACAGAUGAAAUUGAUGAAGCGGUUCAUCAGAUGAUUAUUGACAACGGAGCAUAUCCGUCGCCUCUUGGAUAUGGUGGGUUUCCUAAGAGUGUAUGCACUUCAGUGAAUGAAUGCAUUUGCCAUGGAAUACCAGAUUCCCGUGCUCUUGAGGAUGGAGAUAUUAUUAAUAUUGAUGUUACAGUUUAUCUAAAUGGUUAUCACGGUGAUACAUCAACUACUUUCUUUUGUGGAGAAGUGGAUGAUGCAGCCAGAAACCUGGUUCAGGUAACCAAAGAAUGCCUUGACAAAGCAAUAUCAAUAUGUGCACCAGGAGUGGAGUAUAAGAAAAUUGGCCGAACAAUACAUGCCUAUGCAGAUAAACAUCGCUAUGGUGUUGUACAACAAUUUGUUGGUCAUGGUGUUGGGCGAGUUUUCCAUGCUGACCCAGUCAUUCUUCAUUACAGAAACAAUGAGGAUGGACGCAUGAUGUUGAAUCAAACCUUUACUAUUGAGCCAAUGCUGACGAUUGGUAGCAUAAACCCAGUAAUGUGGAACGAUAACUGGACUGUGGUGACAGAAGAUGGUAGUCUAUCUGCUCAGUUUGAGCAUACCAUUCUAAUUACUAAAGACGGUGCUGAAAUUAUGACCAAGUGCUGAAAUAAGGUUUGAAUCUGCCUCUAAAUUCUAAUACUAAAUAUUUACUGUAGAGGCAAUUUGUUCUCUUCACAACUAAUAUGUAUUUUUUCUGGAUGCUAAUGAAUCCAGUUUUUAUAUAUCUGAUCAUUUUUAUUUCAA